UUCUGUCUUGUCAUGUCAUAAGUGGUGCAGGACAACCUUUCUGAACCAUGAUGAGCGGACAACAUAGAAACCUUCACUUUUUGAGCUUUGUCUCUUUUCUGUUGACCUCAUCUUCACCUGCUGGAGGUGUUGAGAUCAGAUUAGCUGGACGUGGUUCUACUCGAUGCUCUGGAAGAGUUGAAAUCUAUCACAACAACACCUGGGGAACAGUCUGUGAUGACAGCUGGGACUUAAAUAAUGCUGACGUAGUUUGCAGAGAGUUGGGCUGUGGUGUAGCACUGAGUGCUCUUGAGUCGGCUCGGUUCAGUCCAGGAACUGGCCAAAUCUGGCUUGAUGAUGUGAACUGUUCAGGGACUGAAACGUCUCUAAGUGAGUGUCAGCAUGGAGGAUUUGGGACACAUGACUGUCAACACAAUGAGGACGCUGGUGUGGUCUGUUCAGGUGUCAGAUUAGUUGGUUCUACUCGAUGCUCUGGAAGAGUUGAAAUCUACCACAACAACACCUGGGGAACAGUCUGUGAUGACAACUGGGACUUCAAUGAUGCUAAGGUGGUUUGCAGAGAGUUGGGCUGUGGUGUAGCACUGAGUGCCCCUCAGUCGGCCUUUUUUGGCCCAGGAACUGGCCAAAUCUGGCUUGAUAAUGUGAACUGUUCAGGGAGUGAAACGUCUCUAAGUGAGUGUCAGCAUGGAGGAUUUGGGACACAUAACUGUCAACACAAUGAGGACGCUGGUGUAGUUUGUUCAGGUGUCAGAUUAGUUGGUUCUACUCGAUGCUCUGGAAGAGUUGAAAUCUAUCACAACAAAACCUGGGGAACAGUCUGUGAUGACAACUGGGACUUCAGUGAUGCUGAGGUGGUUUGUAGAGAGUUGGGCUGUGGUGUAGCACUGAGUGCUCCUCAGUCGGCCCAUUUUGGUGAAGGAACUGGGCAAAUCUGGCUUGAUGAGGUGGACUGUUCAGGGAGUGAAACGUCUCUAAGUGAGUGUCAGCAUGGAGGAUUUGGGAUACAAGACUGUCAACAUGCUGAGGACGCUGGUGUGGUCUGUUCAGGUGUCAGAUUAGUUGGACCUGGGUCUGAUCAGUGCUCUGGACGUGUUGAAAUCUAUCACAGCAACACCUGGGGAACAGUCUGUGAUGACGACUGGGACUUCAAUGAUGCUAAGGUGGUUUGCAGAGAGUUGGGCUGUGGUGUAGCACUGAGUGCCCCUCAAUCAGCCUUUUUUGGUCCAGGAACCGGGCAAAUCUGGCUUCGUAAUGUGAACUGUUCAGGGAGUGAAACGUCUCUAAAUGAGUGUCAGCAUGGAGGAUUUGGGACACAUGACUGUGGACAUGGUGAAGACGCUGGUGUGGUCUGUUCAGGUGUCAGAUUAGUUGGUUCUACUCGAUGCUCUGGAAGAGUUGAAAUCUAUCACAGCAACACCUGGGGAACAGUCUGUGAUGACAACUGGGACUUCAGUGAUGCUGAGGUGGUUUGUAGAGAGUUGGGCUGUGGUGUAGCACUGAAUGCCACUCAGUCUGCCUUUUUUGGUCAAGGAACUGGCCAAAUCUGGCUUGAUGAGGUGAAAUGUUCAGGGAGUGAAAUGUCUCUAACUGAGUGUCAACAUGGAGGAUUUGGGAAACAUAACUGUGGACAUGGUGAGGAUGCUGGUGUGGUCUGUUCAGUGGCGAGAUCGGUAACACAGACGCCUACCACCCAAAGCUCUCCUGAUCAAGCCUGGACACAGACAACACCAGAGAAUACCCUGCGGUCUUCAGUGGCGCAACCGGUAGAGCAGUUGCCUAUUGAUCACAAGAUUGCCCGGUCGAGUCCAGCAGCAGACGGUGUCAGAUUAGUUGGACCUGGGUCUGAUUGGUGCUCUGGACGUGUUGAAAUCUAUCACAGCAACACCUGGGGAACAGUCUGUGAUGACAGCUGGGACUUCAAUGAUGCUAAGGUGGUUUGCAGAGAGUUGGGCUGUGGUGUAGCACUGAAUGCAACUCAGUCGGCCCAUUUUGGUCCAGGAACCGGGCAAAUCUGGCUUGAUAAUGUGGACUGUUCAGGGACUGAAACGUCUCUAAGUGAGUGUCAGCACAGAGGAUUUGGGACACAUAACUGUCAACACAAUGAGGACGCUGGUGUAGUUUGUUCAGGUGUCAGAUUAGUUGGUUCUACUCGAUGCUCUGGAAGAGUUGAAAUCUAUCACAACAAAACCUGGGGAACAGUCUGUGAUGACAGCUGGGACUUCAGUGAUGCUGAGGUGGUUUGUAGAGAGUUGGGCUGUGGUACAGCACUGAGUGCUCCUCAUUCAGCCCAUUUUGGUGAAGGAACUGGGCAAAUCUGGCUUGAUGAGGUGAAAUGUUCAGGGACUGAAACAUCUCUAACUGAGUGUCAGCAUGGAGGAUUUGGGACACAUAACUGUCAACACAAUGAGGACGCUGGUGUGGUCUGUUCAGGUGUCAGAUUAGUUGGACCUGGGUCUGAUCAGUGCUCUGGGAGAGUUGAAAUCUAUCACAACAACACCUGGGGAACAGUCUGUGAUGACGACUGGGACUUCAAUGAUGCUAAGGUGGUUUGCAGAGAGUUGGGCUGUGGUGUAGCACUGAGUGCCCCUCAAUCAGCCUUUUUUGGUCCAGGAAUCGGGCAAAUCUGGCUUCGUAAUGUGAACUGUUCAGGGAGUGAAACGUCUCUAAAUGAGUGUCAGCAUGGAGGAUUUGGGACACAUGACUGUGGACAUGGUGAAGACGCUGGUGUGGUCUGUUCAGGUGUCAGAUUAGUUGGUUCUACUCGAUGCUCUGGAAGAGUUGAAAUCUAUCAUGACUAUACCUGGGGAACCGUCUGUGAUAACGGCUGGGACUUGAAUGAUGCUAAGGUGGUUUGCAGAGAGUUGGACUGUGGUGUAGCACUGAGUGCUCCUCAUUCAGCCCAUUUUGGUGAAGGAACUGGGCACAUCUGGCUCAAUGAGGUGGACUGUUCAGGGAGUGAAAGGUCUCUAAGUGAGUGUCAGCACAGAGGAUUUGGGACACAUAACUGUGGACAUGGUGAAGACGCUGGUGUGGUCUGUUCAGAUCCAGUGGCUCCAGUUGAGCUGACAGUAAACUCUGUGUCCAACAGCUCAGACUCCUGUAACCUCACUGUGACCUGCAGCACACAGGACUCACAUCACAUCAGCAGCACUUUGACAUGUGACACCAAAACCUGCAGUCAGGAGGGAGGAGAGAGGUCAAAGGUCACAACCUCUGGUGCUUCUCUCCUUGUCUACCUGGUGAAUGACUCAAUCAUCUGUAACUAUAGCAACCAGGUCAGCUGGACCAAGGACAGUAAGAUGAUUGGAGAGUUUUGUCGCAGACACGCUGGUUCAGAGAAUCUCUCUGCUGGUUUUUCUCUCUGCCUGGUGAGAACAGUCAUGUUCUCUGUGGGUCUGAUCGUCAUGGUGUCUGCAGUCAUCGGUGUCCAUCUCAUGGACAGGUUCAACAAGCAAAAAUAAUCAAACCACUCUCUACUAAGCCGCCUCACAUAUGUCUCAUACUCUCAUCCGGGAAAAUGUAAAGUUAAAGGUGUUUUUUUUCCACGCAGAGUACACAGCAGCAUGGAGCAGUUUGUUGUUGUUUUAUAUUAUGUUAGUUGUUUGUUUGUUUGUUUGUUUGUUUGUUUUUGUGGUGAAUGCAUGUGCACAACAAAUGUAGGCAAGGAGGUAGAAGGCUGUAAGCCAUAGAUAUAAACAAUGCAUUUUAUUUGUUUUUAUUUCAGCUUUGCAAAUGCACUUUUGUAAGAAUUCAAGGAUACUCACUGUGAGGAAUACUUAAUGUGAAUGUAAACAAUGAUUCUUUACAAGAAAUCUUUUACUAUUUAACACAAAUUCUACUUCAGAUUCUUUUUAAUCUAUGGACACCAAUAAUCAAUGUGCUCACUUUGUAAAUACCAUAUUUGUAAGGAGAUGACCAUGUUAAACAAUGUUUUUGGAGGAUGUUCAAUUCAAUUUGAUUAAAAUGACUAAAAUAUA